AUGGCGGCGCUGCUGGGCCGGGCCGCGGCGCUGCUGAGCGGGGCCCAGCGGCUCCUCAGGGGCUGCGGCGUCGUUGGGCCGGUGGAGCGCGGUGCGUGCAGCGGGGCCGGCGCGGAGCAGCGACCCAAGAGGCCUCUGACCGCCUAUUUCCGCUUCCUGAAGGAAAACCACGCUGCUUUCAGGCAAAACAACCCAGAAAUGAGCAACACAGAGGUGGUGAAAAAAAUAGCAGGUGCUUGGAAGGAGUUGCCAGCCUCACAGAAGCAAGUUUAUGAGGAAGCCAGGAAGACAGACUGGCAAAAGUAUCAGCAGCAGUUGGCUGCAUACAAAGCACAGCUGACCCCAGCCCAGGCUGCAGCUUUGAGAGAAGAAAAGAGAAAAAGACUGGCAAAAAGAAGAUCAUUCAGGGCAAAAAGAGAAUUGACUGUGCUUGGAAAGCCAAAAAGACCUCGGAGCGGCUUUAACAUUUUUGUGUCGGAAAAUUUUCAAGCAAGUGAGGGGAUAUCCCCUGUGGCAAAGCUGAAGCAGUUGUUUGGUGCGUGGCAAAAAAUGUCCAGUCCUCAAAAGCAGCCCUACCUGCAGCUGGCUGAAGAUGAUAAGGUUCGGUAUGAAAAUGAAAUCAAGUCGUGGGAAGCAAAAAUGGUUGAGCUGGGACGUGAAGACCUGGUACGUUCCAAAGAGCAGAAGCCAAAAAAGCAAACUGCUGGAGCUAAAGCUGGAGCAGCCAAAGGUUCCUCCCAAGAAAACAAGGCAAAAUCAAAAGCGAAAAAAUCGGAGGAAUAA